AUGUCGAAACGACGCCGUGGACAAGAAUUGUUUUCUCGAGAAGCUGUCAUUGCCUGUUUGAAGGAAAAAUCAGAUGUUAGAGAGAACAUAAACAAAGUGGUUAAUUAUAGAAGCACUAAAAGUCUUGAAAUAGCGCAAAUAUUAAACGGCAAGGACGAAAUCAGCGAGGAGGCCAUGGUAUUUAUUCUGGCAUCAAAGCUAACGAUGAAAGGAUUGCUGACGCUAGCUAUGGCAGUUAACCAUGUUCCUGCGCCAUAUAGUCAAACAGGCCACAAAGACAGGGAAGACUACCCAAACACGAGGCUGUACGCAAUUGGCGUGAUAAUGAAGAAGGCAGGAUUUACGUUCAAGGCAUGUUUGUUACAAAGCUAUGUGACAUUACUAGAAACACGAUGUCCUUCCUUGCUUUCAUCUUACUGCCAAGUCUUCGAUGUGCUCUGGAAGGCCACAGAAGACGAAUCUUUUAAUUUUGUCAAGAUGAUGGCACCUCCUGUUCAUCAUUGCCUUGAUUGUAAGCAGCCACUGUCUGUCAACAACAAGCCAACGAAAGUAACAUUGUUUACACUGCAAGGGCCAAUUCCUUCAACCAAGUUAAGACUUCGAUGUCGCGAAUGUGCUGUGCAAUAUGGAGUUUGCAGUUUUAGUGAUAAAUCUGCAGAACAUCUUUACCCUAAAUCGAUGCGCCCCCCUCUUGUGGAAGCCAGCAAUGUUUGUUAUCUUGAGAAAGGAUUAUACAAGUGGAUACCAUCAUUCGGGUAUGAAACUUUAAACUUUUUAUAA